UUUUUCUUAAUUUUAUCGACAAAAAGAAUCACUGGGAGCAGAGGUUGGGUCCAGCUUGGGCGUUGAGGGGGCUGAAGAAGUGAAUGUUAACAUUCGAGGCUCAAACGACUCUAAAUUCUCAGUGAAAACGAGCCUCGAAUUGUCGGUGGCGGAAUUUAAAGGUGUAUUGGGACAGAACUGCGACGUGCCUGCUCAACCGCAGCGUUUGAUCUAUAAAGGUCGGAUCUUGAAGGACGACCAAACCCUUGCUAGCUAUGGUUUGCAAGCAGAUCACACUGUUUAUAUGGUUCGUGGUUAUGCGCCAGCUGCCCCUCCUCCAGCAUCUGUUCCACCACUGCUGGAAACACCAACAAUCCAGCUGUUCCUCCAGGUGGUGGCUCAGUUCCUGUGGGUGUUGGAGUAGUCAAUACAGGUGCACCCUUAUUUCCAGGGCUUGGCUUGGGAGCAUUUGGGGGCACCGGACCAUCGGGCUUAUUUGGAAGUGGACUUCCUGAAUUUGAACAGAUGUAGCAACAACUCACUCAGAACCCUAACAUGAUGAGAGAUAUCAUGAACACACCUGCUAUGCAAAGCUUAACGAACAACCCAGAGAUUAUACGCAGUUUAAUUAUGAGUAACCCUCGGAUGCGUGAGAUAAUUGACCGGAACCCUGAGCUUGCCCACGUUCUUAAUGAUCCCGAGUUGAUGUGUGAGAUGAUGCGGAACACAGACAGGGCAAUGAGUAACAUUGAAUCUUCUCCCGAGGGAUUCAACAUGCUCAGACGCAUGUAUGAAAAUGUCCAAGAACCCUUCUUGAAUGCAACAACAGCAGGUGGUGGUGGUACAGGCACUGGUGCUGGAACUAAUCCAUUUGGAGCUGUCUUGGGGAAUCAAGCUGGGGCCCAAACCAGAGGAGUUUCUCAAACAAAUAGUGGCAUGAGAAAUAAUACCACUGGCGAUGCUGGAUCUGGAGGUAUUGUUCUCCCAGAAUUGGGUCGUACAGGCAUGACUGAUCCCGCUGACUUCAGUCAGUUAUUGCAAAAUCCAGCUGUGGCGCAGAUCACGCAAAGCCUGCUUUCCAAUCCUCAGUACAUGGAACGGAUGUUGGGCUUUAAUCCUCAACUCCGCAACAUACUUGAUAUGAACCCUCAAUUAAGAGAAAUGAUGCAAAACCCAGAAAUUCUCUGUCAAUUGACCUCACCGGAGAUGAUGCAGCAAGUUAUGUCUUUACAGCAACAACUUUCCCAACUUACUCGGCAGCAGUCAACACCGGCGUAUUUACAACUAGGGGGCGUCUUUAUAGGUUAUGAGGCAUUGCAUUUCUUCAUUGAACGAGCACAGAACAACAUGGGUUUGGAGAUGCUGAUGAAUAUUACCCCCGAAGAACUGUAUGCAAUCCAGCUGUCUCAGUUGCAAGAGAUGGGUUUUAUCGACAAUCAAGAGAAUAUCAUAGCCCUUCGCGCCACUUCAGGAAAUGUUCAUGCAGCUGGUGAACGGCUUUUGGGGAACCUCGGUCAAUAG